AUGGUCGAGAAGUUCCUAGCACGAUAUUUUCCUCCAAGCAAGGCUGCAAGAUUGAGACAGGAGAUAUCGUCUUUCAGGCAAGGUGAUAGUGAGACACUAUUUGAAGCCCAUGAACGAUUUAAGGAUCUUCUUCGCAAGUGUCCUCAUCACGGCUUCCCUCCAUGGAUGAGAGUACAGAUGUUGUGUAACGGGCUGAACUAUGCUACUAGGCAGCUUAUUGAUGCAGCGGCAGGUGGUUCUUUAAGCAACAAGCUUCCUGAAGAGGCCGAGGAAUUAAUUGAGAAUAUGUCCAGCAACGAGUGUCAUUGGAGCACUAGACAGAAGCCUCCAAGGGCUGCAGGGCUGUAUGAGGUGAAUGAAUCCACAGCAUUGGCUGCGAAGAUUGAUGCCUUGACGAAGCAUAUCGCUGAGCAGAAUUCGAAGCAUGAUGCCCUAGCACGAAUAGUUGACCAGCUCAGGUUGGUGUCCAGUUCGGGUUCCAAGGCCGUUUUGUCAUGUGACACUUGUGGGGCUGGGCAUGCAAUAUCACAAUGUCCUAUUUUUGUUGCCCCAUCACCUCAUGUAGAAACAGUUGAUUAUGUUGGGGGUGGACCACGAGGACCAGGGAACCAAUUUGGUAACACUUACAAUUAUGGUUGGAGAGGCUCGUCAAAUCCCUCUUGGAAUCAAGGCCAAUCUCAGUACAAGCCUCCACCAUUUCAGGGAAACCAAUACCAUGCCCCUCCUCCACAAGGGAAGAAACUCUCCACGGAGGAUAUAUUGGCAAGAUUCAUGCUUGUCACGGAGGCACGUUUUGCGCAGAAUGAAAAGAAACUUGAUGAAUUCGGUGCCGUACUGAAAAAUGUUCAAGCGUCCAUCCAAUCUCUAGAAAACCAAGUGGGAUAG